AUUCUUUCAGCUGAGGAAGGGAAUCCUCUGCUUUGACUACUCUCCAGAGUUUAACAUUCUGGUGACUGGAGGCUUUGACCGCAUUGUGAGGAUAUGGAACCCGUACGUGAACAACUGUGCCACCUCUCAGAUGAAGGGCCACUCCACAGCCAUCACACAUAUCAUGGUCAACAGCAGCGACAACAAGAUCAUCAGCAUCUCCAAGGAUAAGAAUGUGCGCGUGUGGGACCUGCAGGACUGUGCCUGUCUCCAGAACAUCCACUCCAGGAAUGUGACCAUGAGUCGCUUCCCUAUCUCAAGUGUCCACUACAACAGAGACACCAACACCCUAGUGCUGGCCACCUUUCUGAUAGGGGUUCUACAUGGAGUGGUGGAUGAUGUGGAUACUGUUCACAAGCUGCAGACAUCACAUGAGCAGCCCCUGUGUACAGCUCUCUAUAACACCAACUUCAAACAGGUAGUGAGUGGCUGUCAUAACGGCGUGGUGAGCGUGUGGGAAAUCCUGACUGGGGAGAAGAUCAUGCAAUUCCAGACAUCUCCGGAGAAGGCGGUGGAGGUGACGGCCAUGACGUUUGACGGGCCCAAGCGCCGCCUCAUCACGGGGUCCAAGGAUGGUAGCCUGCGCCUUUGGAACUUCAACAACGGAGCGCUGCUAGCUACACUCCCCAUACUGAAUGAUAACGAGGUGACUGGGGUCAUUUACAUCAACCAAAGGAUAUAUGUGUCCGGCUGGAGCAAAAGGGUCAUGUGGUACUUGUGAGUACACCUCCCAUCGACACCAUGUGUCAUUAAAGUCUGCAGGGUUAAAUGUAUACUGAGCAAUGUGACGACAUCACACACUGCGGAACAACUU